AAAACCUUUAUCAAAAAUGCAUGUAACGUAAAUUUUAACAUAGAUUUUCCACCUGAAUAAUGAAGUCUUCUGUCUUCUCCUGGACAUCUUCCCAGCUCCUGACAGCAUCUCUGGCUCAUGGGCCGCUGGCAGCUCAGGAACCUCCAUUUCUGUUUAUGGCUCAGCAGACUUUCAGACAAACCAGACUUUCCGGGUCUCUGCGAGCCAAGGAUCAGUGUUUUUUCAUUGUUGGGAAACAAGUGGAAACAUGACAGAGAUGGGUGGACUGCAUCCUGGGGGGCUUCACAGCAUCAGCAUCUCCUCCACUGCAUGCGAAAAGAAAGGAGAAACUCUUCACAAGUUAAUCCAAACUGAUGUUCAAGCUCUUGAUGUCACAGCACAACUUACCAGCAUCCAGUUUACAUCAAUCACAGUGAACUCUUGCAGCCAGGCUAACCUCACUGAGAGUUCCACUGAGCAGAUCCAUCAGUCCCCAGUUUCCCAGAUAAAAUCCACGAAGGAUUCAGACCAGGUCCAGAUUAAGAUCCAGAGCUUUUCCAAAGGCUGUGUGAAACUAAACUUCACUCUCACCUUCAGCCAAAGUCACAACCACAGCAUAAGAAAUGUUUCCAAAGAGGUGGAUUCAUCAACAAACAGCUCCAAGUACACUGCAAACAGUGCAAACAUAAAUGUUUCCAGCAGACUGCCAACAACGACGUCGGCCAUGAAACCAGCCACUGUCACCUCUGUGGGAGGAGCUCUGUCAGAGCAGUGCAGGGUUGCUGCUAUCACUGUGACGCUUGCAAAAGAUUUUCUACUGGACUACAACAUCCAAGAGAACUCUCUGUACCUGGGAUUGAUGGGAUGCCGAAUCAAUGGAGGCAACUCCACUCACGUUCAGCUGACUGUGGCUUGGAAUGAGUGUGCCAUACAGCUCAUUCACAAUGAAAGCCAUUGCAUGGCAUCGGUAACCUUGUUCAGCACUGUGGAUCCUUACACGUCACCAAAUGGUACAGUGGAGGUUCCAACAGUGAUGCUCCAAGUUCCCAUCAUGUGCACAUACUCAAAGGAAAUGUUGAUCUCUGCAGACUUUGGCUCUAUGGGGUAUGACGCGGUCAAAGACGUCUUCGGCCGUGUGGGGGCUCUGCCUGUGCUGCUGCAGCUGAUGAACAGCUCAGCACGUCUGCCUCUCAACCACAGGCUGUCCUCGCAGCAGGAUCUGGUCUUGGAAGUCAGCAUCAACAGCACUUCAGAACAGAUCAAACUGAUCAUUAACAAGUGCUGGGCCACUUCCACCCAAGACCCUGAGGGUGGUCACAGCUACACCUUCCUGGAAAACAGCUGUGCCCUCAAUAGCUAUACACAAGUGCUGAUGAAUGGGAACUCCACCACCUCCCGUGUGGCUGUGAGGAUUUUCUCCUUUGUCAACCUGACUGUGGUCUAUCUGCACUGUCAGGUCCAGCUUUGCAUAGAGAUGGGAUCGAAUACCUGCACAGCUGACUGUCUACAAAGAACUGCUCGGACAGCAAAGACAGUUGGAAGAGCUUUUGGGUCAUCUGGGCCUCUACUAAAGUCAGAUGAAGAGCUGGGCAUGGAAACACUUGACACUCCUUAUGUGGCUGGUAUCUCCUGUCUUGGAAUCGGCCUGUCACUCUUCUUCAUCAUUGGAUUUUUCUGUCUCUUUUACUACCAGAGAAACCGCAUCGGACACCACAACUUCAAUGUGAAACCCAAACAAGAAAACUUCACAUACAUUGACAUAAACCCUUAAGACUGCAGCAAACAAAUGGCUUCAGCAGAUACACAACUGUUCCCACCAGAUGUCCCUCUUGUACUGAUUAUAUGAAGCUCAUGAUUGCACUCUAGUAAUGCUUGACAGGAGAUAUCAUGUUACCGUCCCUCCUUUACAGACACUUUAGGUGAUGGUAACCUAGUUACUGUUGAAGCAAGCUCCGCUCGAAAACAUCAAACAAUAAAAAUGAUUUACAUUGACAACAUGACAAGAAUCUUCUCUUUUCCUUGUUUAUACCACCCAUACCCACAGAUGUUCUCAAGUCCCCCCUUUUGCAAGUCAAGUCUGAAGUCUUUGCAUUUAAGAUCAGGACUUAAAAUAUACUUUUAGAUAUUUUUUUGUCUUUAACUGUCAUCAAACUACUUCAAAUAAUCUUUUGAGAAUCUUUAACAGUUGUAAAUAGUGUGUUUAUGUUUAGACCUGACUGUGAUGUCCUAGAGCUCAAAAAAUAAGAAUAAACAAAUUAAACUUGGUCACAAGACCCAAGUCUCAAGUCAAGUCUCAAGUCUUUGAAUGUGAGACUUCAGUGUGACCAUAAUCUGAGUCUCGAGUCUCUACCUGUGACAAAAGUUUUACUGUUGCUGCUUGUUGCGUAAAAAUAAAGUCGUCUAUAUACUCUUG